CUUGGUCUUUUGGGAAACCCCUUUCUUCUUUGCUCCCAUUGUUACUUCGAACUAUUUUUUUUUUUAUUGAUUUACUUUUUAUGACGAACAAUACUUUGGAACAAUAUAAACUGGUGAUUGCAUAUGACUUCGGAACAACUUAUUCAGGAGCUUCAUAUGCAUUUACUCAAGUCACACCUGAAGUUUUUGAUGUUCAGAAAUGGCCUCACAAAAGUGGACACUACUACCCAAAAACACCUACAUUAUCACUUUACAAGAAAAAUUCACCAGAUAUGCUUAUGGAUUGGGGUCAUGGUGCCAAGAAAAUGAUGCAAAAACCUCAAGUGGAUAAGGAAUAUGUUUUAUUGGCCAACUUCAAGUUAAAUCUGGAUGCAAAAUUAAAACGACCAGCUCUACCUAAUGGAAUGACGGCAGUGACAGCUGUAGCUGAUUAUCUACAAGCCUUGCAUGAACAUGUUUUGGAUGAUAUGACGCGUGGAUUUGCCAAGAAUUACCAUCCCGAUACUUUUCGAUACUGUUUAACGGUACCAGCCAUGUGGUCAGAUCAAGCCAAGAAUAGUAUGCGCCAAGCUGCUGUCCGUGCUGGGUUGGUGAAACCGAAUGAUCCUCCCGAUCGAUUACUCUUGAUCUCAGAACCUGAAGCAGCUGCACUUUACUGUGAAAAGAUGUGUGAUCAAGUCAAUCUUCUUACGUCGGAUCGAUUAAUGAUUUGUGAUGCUGGUGGUGGUACGGUGGAUUUGAUUGUAUUUGAAGUUGAUGGGCCUUCUAAACUCAAAGAAAUUACCAAAGGAAUGGGUGAAAGCUGUGGAAGUAUGUUUCUCGAUGAAAACUUUUCUAUUUUGUUACAAAGUAAAUUGGGUAGACAAGCAAACAACUUACCAAAUGCAGCCGUGCGAAAUAUGAUUGAUCAAUUUGUGGAUAUUAUCAAACCUGAAUUCGAUGGAUUGGAUGAUCAGUAUCUCAAUUUACCUGCUUCUGUUCAAUUGGAUCAAUUAUGUGACCCUAGUUCUGAUUGUGUUGAUGAAGGUACUUUAGUUUUACGUGCUAGCGAAUUGAAAGAAAAAGUGUUUGAUCCUGUAGUAGAAAAAGUGAUUUCUUUGAUGGAAUCUCAAUUUCAACAAAUUCCUGAUGGUCGAUUAUCAUGUAUCUUUUUAGUGGGUGGAUUUGGAUCAUCUAAUUAUUUAUUUCAACGUGUACAACAAGUAUUUUCAAACCGUGUCAAUCAAAUUCUAUGUCCUCCACGUGCAGCGAUGGCAAUUGUUCGAGGAGCUGUCCAUUUUGGUUUGAAUCCUAGAAUGAUUACUUCUCGAGUAUCAAGAAGAACUUAUGGUAUUAAUGCUGGUCUUCCAUUUGAUCCUGAACUUGAUCCUUUAUCUUCUCGAAUUGUUCGUCCUGAUGGAAGUGUACGAUGUCCAACAAGAUUCCUAGUAUUUGUGAAGAAGAAUGAUAAACUUCCUGUGGACCAUUGUAUUCAUGAAGAAAUGUUUAUUUAUUAUGGAACUUUGCAAGCAACGGAUAUUAUGUUAUAUGCCACUGAAAAUGAUACGGUACCUCGUUAUUAUAACGAACCAGGUGUACAUCAAGUAGCAGCUAUUUCUGUUCCUAUUCCAACUCUUCCAGGUGUGGCUCAUGGUGAAAGAAUAUCUUAUUCAGUACGAAUGUAUUUUGGCAUGACAGAAAUUAGGGUAGAAGCUGACUUUGGAACUGGUGAAUUAUAUGAAGUUCAUUGUGAUUUUGAUGCUAUCAAUAGAUAUGAUGAUGAUGAUGAUUAUUAUAAUAGUAGAAGAAUUAGUAUUGAAAAUAGGUGAUUUUAUAUAUAUAUAUAUAUUAUUAUGAUCAUUACAGUAUACCUUUUUUUUUCAUUUAUUUAUUUAUUAUUAUUAUUGUCAUAUGAAUAGAAAAUAAAAAAAAU